GUGACGAAGAAAUCGCCAAACAAUUAACUCUUCACGAGCGGUGAUAUAAACAAGGUCAUCCUGGCAAUGCGCUAAAUGGACACGUAGGUGCACAUAAUUAACCGUAUGAGUGCCAGAGCAGGUGAAACCGGCACUGACAGAGUUGAUGCGGUGGCUGGAGCUUUGAUUGGCUGCUUUGGCACACACCUCCCUUCUUCAUGGGGUGAUCGCCACUUGCUCUCCGUACGAAGAAGUCAUUGAUUCAGCGCACAAAAUGUUGGCUACUUGGCUGUCAAGAAGGCCACUGAUAGCGGGGCGAGCGCAGUCCACCAUUGCACACCUCAGGGGCAUUCUGGAGAGUGAACUUGCAAAUAUAAAAAGUGCUGGCACCUGGAAGACAGAGAGAAUAAUAACCUCCAAACAAGGACCACACAUCAAAGUGGAAGGAAAAGAUACAGGCAUCUUGAAUUUCUGUGCUAAUAACUACCUGGGUCUGUCCAGCCAUCCCGAGGUCAUCAAAGCUGGAGGUCAAGCAUUGGAGGAGUACGGUGCUGGUCUGAGCUCAGUGAGGUUUAUCUGUGGGACUCAAAAUAUCCACAAGAAACUUGAGGAGAAGAUUGCACAGUUCCACCAGCGUGAAGAUGCCAUAUUGUACAUCAGCUGCUUUGAUGCCAAUGCUGGAAUAUUUGAAGCCUUGCUAACGCCAGAGGAUGCAGUGCUAUCGGAUGAGCUCAACCAUGCCUCUAUCAUUGAUGGUAUUCGCUUAUGCAAAGCCAAUAAAUAUCGCUACAAACACAUGGACUUGAAUGAUCUGGAGGCCAAACUGAAAGAUGCUCAGAAACACCGACUGCGUCUCAUAGCUACUGAUGGUGUGUUUUCAAUGGAUGGAGAUAUUGCGCCUCUCAAGGAGAUUUGUGACCUGGCCAAACGCUAUAAUGCGCUAGUGUUCAUAGAUGAAUGUCAUGCCACAGGCUUUAUGGGACCAAACGGACGAGGCACUGAUGAGCUCGUAGGAGUAAUGGACCAGGUGACAAUUGUUAAUUCCACACUUGGAAAAGCAUUGGGAGGAGCAGCAGGUGGGUACACUACCGGCCCUAAGCCUCUGAUUGACCUUCUCCGGCAGCGCUCCCGGCCAUACCUAUUCUCAAACACCCUUCCACCAUCUGUUGUUGGCAGCUCUUCUAAAGCUUUGGACCUUCUAAUGGAAAGUAAUGCUAUUGCACAAUCUAUGUCUGCUAAAACAGCACGAUUCCGCACCAAGAUGACAGCUGCAGGUUUCACCAUCUCUGGUAAAGAUCACCCCAUUUGCCCCGUGAUGCUUGGAGAUGCACGACUGGCCUCACAAAUGGCUGAUGAUAUGCUCGAAAGAGGUAUUUAUGUCAUCGGGUUCAGCUACCCAGUGGUCCCUAAGGGUAAAGCUAGGAUCCGUGUGCAGAUCUCUGCUGCUCACAGUGAUGAAGACAUUGACAAUUGUGUAAAGGCGUUUACUGAGGUGGGACGAAAGCAUGGUGUGGUAUCAUGAGGAAAUGGCUGGUUCAUGUAAUCGGCGAUGGGCAAACAUUCACAAGUGCCUCUGCAAUGCCAGAGUGCUGCAUCUAUGGAGAUAACCGUCUUGAGCUUUAUUUAAUUUUUUUUUCCAAAUAACAUUGAACAUUUUAAAACAAUUGACUUUGGCGAUUGGUUUGUGGAUCUCCAUCAGUUUUGUGAAGCUAAAUCAGCCUUCCAGAAGCUGUUGGACUUCAACUCCCAUCAUCUUCAUCAGGAUUGCCUAACCAAUAUGCAAGACAUUAGAAUUACAUGAAAUGAUUUUGAAUCGAAAUUUGUCUAGAAGUAACAUGUUUGGCUUAUAUCUCAGGAUGCAAUAAAACUGUUUACCAUAUAUUGAUCCAGUAAUUAAUAAACACAGUCUGCCUUGUG